AUGGCUUCAGUUUAUGGCUACUAUACUUCCAAAGAUAACCGAAAAUCCAUUUCCAAUCAAUUCCUUAAUAAUGCUUUUGUGUGGAUUGAAUGGAUAGUAAUGGAAAAUCGAGAAAUUUGGCUAUCAGAAAGUAAAUGGACCAAAAAAAAUACAAUGUUAAAAGAUGUUUCCAUAACAAUUAUUAUAAAAUACAUUGCACUACUAGCAAAUGAAGUUGAAAAGAUUUUGACGCAAAAUUUAUCUGAUCGCUUAGGCAUUGUAAUAGAUGAUAAAGUAGAUGAUUCUAGUCAAUACAUUGCAAUUUAUGCCUUCAAUUCACAGCAAAAUCAAGAACAAGAAAAUCCAGAAAAACAUCCACAACUCCAUUACUACCUAUUAGAUAUAUUACAUCCAAUUGUUCAUGACUUAUCGACAGAAAACUUCCGUAAUUUAAUCUGUUCCAUCCUGCACCGUUAUUCCAAAGAUUUCAGUUGCAUUUCCUAUUUUGUAGGUGCAACAUGCGAGAAGAAUAAAGCCCUUGCUGAAAGUAUCGGUAAACCGUUAAUUGCUUGUGCAUGUUACCGUUUAAACUUAGCUAUUAAACACUACCUAGGUGAAGAACAGUCCUUAAUUAACCGUUGUCGUAGUCAGCCCACGACAGGGAGACCUGGGCCUUCGAAGUUGUAUGAAUGCUAG